UGCCAAAUUUGAAGUCUUGGUUGAGACACUUGAAGAGCCAUACAAACCUUUCAAAAUGGUCGCUCGCUUUCUGUUGUACGUUGGCUUCCUAGCCACUAUUGCUCUGGUCAUGGCACAGAGUCCUCAGGACUGUACAGUCCCACCGCCACCAGUUAGUCCCAAGCUGUGCUGCCCGUUCAUGGACCAGGGCCCGGUGUACAACGAAUCGAUCUACUUCGACUGCUGGGACCAGUACGCGGAGUUCCCGCUGGUGCCCAUCGCCGGCGGUGGCAUCGCCGGGGGACCUGCCGGUUGCGCCGCCGAGUGCUUCUUCUCGAAGCUGGGCCUGCUGAUGCACAACCAGCACUACACGCUGGUGGACUUUUACGCGCUGGACAGCCACGUGAAGGAUUUUGUCGACGGCGAGCGGUACGAGUUCAUCCGGCAGGCCAUGCGGUACUGCGUCAACGAGUCCAACGUGAGGGCGCCGAUUUUUGUGGAAAUUCAACGCCGACCGGCGGUUAUCGACGGGCUCGACAACUGCAACCCGAUUGCGGGCUUUGCCAUGUCCUGCAUGCACUUUUACGCCAUUAGGAACUGUCCCGACUGGACACCUGAUGCCACCGAAGGCUGCGAUGAGCUGCUGGACUUUUACAAUCAAUGUCCGUUCAAUCCGUACUAAAUUUAAACAUUUUUGAAAUUCACGACAUUGGAAAUUGAAAUAUGGCUUUUAUAAUGUAGAAAUUCGAAAAAGUAAAUAAAAUUUAUAUCA